UUCCUCUCCCAAAUCCAAUCCUCCCAGCACACAGAGCUUGCUCCCCAGCUUCAAUGGCUGUCAAUGAUUUUUCCUUCCUCACUUGACCCUGAAAUACCCUCUGCUGCACCCGGUGAUUCUGUAUCUGAAUUUUCACUGUAAAUACAAUUUAUAAUUUAAUCUCGCUUUUGACUAUCACUGAUCCUGCUGUUCUCGUGAAUUUCAAUAAUGUCUAACUCGGGAGGCUCCGCCUUGGCGCGAACUCGAGGUGUGGACCGCUUCUACAACCCUCCGGCUGUUCGGAGAAAUCAGCAGCGGGCGCAGCAACUGCAAAGACCAUUGAAGUCCGAUUCCCGUGUCGGCUCACUCGAUAGGGAGACGCCUACCAACUCUGAUGAGUCGACAUUGUCGAGACCCAACUCCGUUGGCUCGUCUUCGCCGCCCGAAACUGUUAAUUUGACUAACUUGGAUCGUUUUAUGUCAUCAGUCACUCCCUUCGUUCAAGCUCAAAUCUUAUAUGAGCCCAAACUAAAAGGAUGUAGGACGCCAGAAGUUGAUGGUAAUUCUUACUUUUGCCUCGGGGAUCUCUGGGAAUCUUUUAGGGAAUGGAGCGCUUAUGGAGUAGAAGUGCCGUUGUUAAUAAAUGGGAAUGAAUCUGUCAAGCAGUAUUAUGUUCCAUACUUGUCAGGCAUUCAAUUAUAUGUUGAUCCACAUGUUCUCAGGAAGCCUCACGAGGGUGGUGUUGAUGGAGCUUCAAAUCAGUCUAACCUGAUGAAUGUUGAUGGAUCUUCAAAUCACUCUAACCUGAUGAAUGUUAAUUCUGAGCGAUUUGGUAGAAUAACUGUAAGAGAUAAACCUCUGGUGGCUUCUUCUAGUGAUGAAACUGAGGCCCGCAACUCACCUGGGCUGCUUGUAUUUGAAUUUUUUGACUGGGAGCAACCACACUUUCGCCCGCCUAUCUAUGACAAGGUUGGUAGUCUUGCCUCUAAAUUUCCAGAUCUAAAGAAAUACAGGAGUUGUGACCUACUGCCUUCUAGUUGGUUUUCUGUGGCUUGGUAUCCAAUCUAUAGAAUACCAGUUGGUUCGAGUCUAAAAAGUCUGGAUGCGUCUUUCCUGACCUUCCAUACCUUAUCAACUCACUCUAGGAGCAAAAGUGAGCCGCAGUUUCGUGUUUCUCACGGGGAGAAGAAGGUUCAUGGCGUUGGCGCAUCUUUAAAGAUUUCUCUUCCUUCAUUUGCCCUUGCCUCUUAUAAACUGAGAGGUUCAAUUUUGUCUCCAAAUGAAGACUCUGAAUGGCAGCAGGCUAACUCUCUGGUGCAGGCUGCUGAUAACUGGCUUCAGAGUUUGAAGGCUAAACAUCCUGAUUAUCAGUUCUUUGUUAAUCACAGCUCUCGAUGGAGAUGAUCCGGACAAGAGUCUAAAAUUUUCCCGUCAGAAUGAGAAGUGUUGAUAGUCUGCCUUGCUCAAUAUCAUCUUUACUAACCACCUUGAUUCAGCCUCACCUCAUAAUAAUUAUAUCAGGUUUCGUCAUAGAAGUUGCCGUAUACCGUACAGGACUGAAGAUGGCAGUUGCUGAUUCGACCAUUCUAUAUUGAUGUGUAUAAAAAGUUCUUGGAAGGCUCGUAGGCAUUUGGAAUUUGUAUGCUUUUUGAGCAAAGCAUGAUAUAACUGCCAUAGGUACAUUCAAAUUAUACGCCCCGCUUUUUAUAUUGUUUGGGGCCGCUCAAACUUCUAUAGUCCGGGUGUAAGGAUAAAUCAUCGUAUCUUUUCAAUUUGGGUAGUUUUUUUUUUUUU